CAACGGCUGGAGUGGGCGGGGCGAUGACCAUAUAUGGUCAUAAAAUCAGAAAACUUUAUGACAACAGAAAAUCAGUGCGCAAGAUAAAUGUUUCGACAUUUUAAUUGCUAAAUCCAUGUGUCGUUUGGUUACCAUGUUUCAGAGCAACUGCACGGCGACGGUCACAGACGUGUGGACGUUUCCUAACGGCCAGCGGCCCCUGUUCGAGUCGUCCGGACAUUGGAGCGCCGCGGCCGGCCUCUGCCUCCGAGCCAAGAGGGCUGGCGGGCCCGCCUCGUUCCAGGGGAGGACAAUCCGCUUUGCCACGUCAAAUGCUACUGGAGAUGUGAUCUACGAUGCCGCGAACAAUGGAACGCUUAGAAAGACUGGUCUUCAUGGCAAUCUGAUUAAGUUUAUCGAGAAAAAGCUUCAAUUACGGGCGGAGAUCGUGCUGGCGCGCGAUGAGCACCUGUGCCGCGAUCCGGACUCGGUCCUGUGCGGCCCGCUGAAACUGGUCCGCCGACGGCAGGCCGAGGUGGCCGUCGGCCAGUUCCGUAUCCGCCGGGCCAGCCUGGACAUGGUGGACUUCACGCCCGGCCUGCAGGACUACUCGUACAGCUUCGUCGUGGCCAACCCCAACCGGCAGACGUCGGCGGCGGCGGUGAACUGGCGGGCCUACUCGCGGCCCUUCUCGCCGGCCGUGUGGCUGUGCGCGGCGGCCAUGGCGGCGCUGGUGUGGCUCAUCUGGUGUCUGGUGCAGCGCGCCGCCGACCGGCGACCCCCGCACCUCCGAGACACCGCCUGGUCGGUGCUCUGCAUACUGAUGCAACAAGGCGCGGAGCUGGCGCCGCGCUCCGUCUCGGCGCGCCAGGUGGUCGGCUGCUUCUGGAUCUUCUGCGUCAUCCUGCUGGCCAGCUACACGAGCAACAUCAUCUCGCUGCUGGUGUCUGUGGGGAGGGCGCUGCCGUUCAGCACGCUGCAGGAGCUGGCCGGCCGGCGCGGCUGGCGGGUGGCCGUCCAGCCCGGCGGAAGGGCCGACGCGCUGCUGCAGGGUAGAACAGAACUGCAAAAUCAUGAAAUCGUUUACCAGUCUUCUCUGAAGGAUAGUCUGGAGAGGAUUUUGCGCGAUGACAAGUUCACAGUAUUCGCAGGUCACACGGAGGCGGACCACCUGGUACGGAGCAGCUGCAGCCUGGUGUGGACGCCGCUCCGUCUGGACGUGGUGCACACACACUGGGCGCUGCAGAAACAACUCCCCUACGGCGCCCGCAUAGCCAACCUACUGAACCGGCUGGUGGAGGCCGGGGUGGUCUCACGCAGUCAGCGACCCUGGGCCGUAUCGCGCGGCUCGUGCCGCAAUCCCACCGCGUCGUUCCAGACCAUCUCCCUGCGCCACACGCUGACGGCGUUCGCGCUGCUGGCGGUGGGAGCUGUGGCCGGCGCUCUGCUACUCUGUGCAGAGCUGGUCUACCGACGCCGCGUCUGCCGACCGCUGCCGAGGACACCCCCUCACCAGCCGGCGACGCCCGUCAACGCGACCCCACAGUCCGCGAACGGCGCGACCCCACAGUCCGCAAACGGCGCGACCCCGCAGUCCGCGAACGGCGCGACCCCGCAGUCCGCGAACGGCGCGACCCCAGUGCCCCGGGCCACGCAAGCCACCGUGAACCGACGCGCGAAGGAGCCGUGCCCAGCCUGGCAGGAGCCGCAGUGACGGGAGACGGCCGGUACGGGGAGACGGGAGACGGGAGACGGCUGGUGCGGGGAGACGGGGAGACGGGAGACGGCUGGUGUGCGGCGCUGAGCGCUGACCAUGGCCGGUACGGCGCUGGCCGCCGACCACGGCCGGUACGGCGCUGGCCGCCGACCACGGCCGGUACGGCGCUGAGCGCGUCCGGUACAGCCGGCGUGGAGCACCGCCGACGCUCGGUGGCACCCGCAUCAUGAUCGCCUUUUGCCUAUACUAAUCUGUACUGCUAUGCUAACUAGUCGCUCGCUGCACUGAUGCUGGUCACUAACUGAUGUGGACCGGUUGGUCACUGAUGCAGACCGGUCGCUAACUGAUGUAUGCUGGUCGCUAACUGAUGUAUACCGGUCGCUAACUGAUGUAUACCGGUCGAUCACUGAUGCAGACCGGUCGGUCACUGAUGUGGUGGACCAGUCGGUCACUGUUUGGACUGAUCAGUCUCUGUACUGAUGUGAUCCAAUUACGUCACUGAGGUAAUCCGUCACCGACGCGGGACUGCGGCUAACACGAACGUUAGCACGGACUGUGGCGAACACGUUCACGUGCAGGGUUCUGAUGUCACGGGCAUGGAACGAAACGGGACGUAACAACACGGAAUGACAAUGACACGGAAUGACAGGGACACUGGCUUAAGUUCACACGGACUCUGGUUACGAUGAACAAUGAGCGUGCCGCAAGAUAUGUACAUAGUGUGAAUUAAUAUACAUUAAUAUUCAUGCCAGUAGUAGAGCAAUUAUAAUUACGACAUGAUUUUGAAACCGCUAUAGUCUGUUCCCUGUCAAGCUUGCAGCCGAUGUGCUCUGCUGAAAAGUGCGUGAUUUCUGUAGGUACAUACAGCUCUGAGCUCUUACAUUCAAAGACGCAAAUUUUUGAACGGAGGAGCGAACUGCCGAAGGAACUUCGACCGCAAGCUUGACAGGAGCAGACUAUAACAUCUUAGCUUUUCAACAUUUGCUGAAAUAAAUACAGCGUUCAUCAAUUUGCUGAAAUAAAUACAUCAUUGCAGGUAAA